CAAUGAGAAGCUUAAAAAUCGUCUGUUUCGUCUUUGAAUUUAACUUGAUGAUGUCCGUUGUGUUAUUUGAAUUCAAAGUCAGUUGUUCUGCGCUAUCCUGAUUCACGUCCUCUCUAGCUAGCUUCUGUAUGUUUAUCAGUGAAUGCUUUAAAGUGGUGUUUGUUGCAAGAAUAUCUUCGUUUCAGAUGAAAAAUUUUGUUAUUUAACUUGUAGUUUUAUAACGCUGCCAUCGUGGGGUCGUAUCUUGCAAAACCUAACAAAGAAUCCUCAAACGAUUAUGCUGAUGCUACAGAUGAAUCUUGGGUGACUGAUGAUAGUAGCCAAAGAUCUGUUGUAGACGUAUCUACACCUGUAUCACUUUCAAAGUCUGUAAUUUUAAGAAAACUGAUAGCCAGUCCGAUGGAUGACUUAGAUGCACCACAAUGGGCAGAUUUUAUCACCCCUAGCCCUCAGCUUUGUUUAGAUGAUUAUUUUCUGAAAAAACAUGAAAAGCAUGAAUACAGAGACAAACUAGACACAAUUGAUUCAGAAUCUCCUAAUGUUUCUCAGAAAAAACUAAACUCAAGUAAACAGCCUUUGAAUGAGAGUUCUUAUAAUAAUACAAGUAUAAUGCAGAAGACUCCACAAAGAUCUAUGUGUGCGAAAACUUCAAAAAUUUCUAAUAUUAAUAAAAAAGGUCAAAUAAAAGAAACUACAUAUGAGAAAGUUUUAUCAGAAGCUAUGAGCAAUUUGCAGUUGUCUUUCAAAAGUAAAGGUGAUAAAUCUAUCAAUAAGUCUUGUUUGAUGGAUUCUCCUAUUUUUAAAACACCUAUUAAUAGGGUAACAAGAUCUAUGUGCGCACAAGCUUCCAAUACAUCAAAACUGAAUUUGGAGAAAUCUGUUAAGUUUGAAGAUCAUGUACACAAAUAUUGUGAGGAUGACAAAGAAAAUGUUCAUUCAGAAGAAGGUGAGAGUCCUCUUUCUGAUCAAACAUCCCAAAUACAUCUUGAAGUAACUGUAAGUAGUUCAGAACAUGAAAUUUCUCAAGAUCAAAUAGAACAGGAAGAUAAACAAGGCAAACCAGCAGAGAAUAUAGAGCAGGAAAAAAUUGAACCAAUUCAAAUACAAGAAGUUAAUAAGCCCAAAGAGAUAGAAAAAGUUCCAACUCACAAGGCCAGUGGAGUUGAGCAACUUCCAAAAAGCAAAGUUGUUGCAACAUUUGCUUCCAAAAAUACUACUGCUCCUGCAAGUGGUGGCAAAAAGAAAAUAUCAGCCUUGACUGGAACAGCGUGGCAUAGGCAAAUGAAGCGCCGUAUGAGCAUUACUAAUCAACGUCGAUUGAGUAUUGCCAAAGUUUCAGUGCAGCAAACUAAGUAUGUAAGUAUGGCAGAAGCUAUAACAAAUUUCCAUCGUGUGACUCCGCAAAGGUUCCAUUCAACAGUGAAAACUACAAGAACAGAACAGUUACGUAGACAGUCAUUUAAGUUAACAAGAGCACAAUCACCAGCUCUAAUGUGUAAGAAAAGAAGUAGGCCUGUUACAGCACUAAGUAGGGAAGAACAAGAAAAAUUAGAACUUGAGAAAAUUCGUCAGAAUGCAAUUAAAGCUAAUCCUGUUCGUAAGGAUAUUUUACGAAAGCCUGCACCUUUAAAAAAAAUUGAGAAAAAAACAAUUACAAAUCCAGAGCCUUUCCAUUUGACAGAGAUGAAAAAAAAUCAACCUCCAGCACCACAGAAAGACAUCAAACGUCUUCACAGAGUACACACCAAAACUGUUCCGACUAUCGUCAGCACAACAGAUAAAGGUGUCUUGAUCAAGGAUGAAGAAAUUUUACAUUUUGGAAUUCCAAUAGAACCAUCUCAGUGUAGAAAAAAAAACACCAAAAUUAUUCCAUUUAGCUUUGAAGCUCGUAAUAAGGAGCUGCAAGCAAGAAAACAAGAAAGAUUGAGAGCUAUACAAGAAGAAGAAAAGCACAAAGUUAAAGCUGAAUUUCAUGCCAGACCAGUGCCAGCUAUUGUUAAAACACCAAUGAAUAAAGCUGCUCCAAAAGAUGAUUCUAUUAAAAAAACAAAAAUUACAGUUACUCGAUCACUUAGCUUUGAGAAUAGAGUCAAAGAAGUGCAAAAAAAGAAAGAAGAAAGAAUGAAACAAGUGUUAGAGGAAGAGAAAAAGGCGAGGAUUUUCAAAGCGCACAAAGUUCCAGAAUUUAAACCGGUACUUGUUAGGGGAAGAUCACGAGAUAAUUUAUUGAAAAAAUCAAUGGAAAAUCUGUCAAUUAAACCAUCCUUUAAUAUAAGUAAUGGUAAUAAUAAGUCAUUAAAUAUUCCCAAGAAAAUACCAAAUGCCGAGUUGAAGAGAUCGCACGAGAAUUUGUCAACGCAAUCAAAAAGUUUAAUCAAGCCAUCUCUGUCAAUUCCAUUUGUAGCACCGAAAAAGAUAACUGCACCAUCCAAAGUUUUAGAGAAUCAAGAAAAUCAUAAUCGUGGCGCUGUACCUAAGAUUCUCGAACCUAAAUGCAAAAUAUCGCAGAAAAGCAUGGCCAUUUUGACGGAACUCAAUACGGACAAACGAGCAAAACAGCGAAAAGAAUUUGAUGAGCAACUGAAAAAGAAAGAAAUUGAAGACGAGGAGAAAAAAAAACAGGACGAAGAGGACAGAUUAGUUCGAGAAAAGGCUGAAAAAUUGGAAUUGAGAAAACAAGCAGAAGUCAAAGCAAGGCCAAUGCCAGUUUAUAAGCCAUUGAACGUUGUCAAGUCAAAUAAACCACUAACAGAGGCGCAGAGUCCUGCAUGGGCGAAACGAAAAGGAUCACACUAGCAUGAAGAUUUUUUAAUUUUUGGCCACGAGAUUUUUUUACUUUUCAUUUGACUAACUUGAAAAUUUAAUGUAGCGUAUCGUAUCGUGUUGCGUCAUGCAUGUACGUGAAUAUUGUUUACAUAAUAUUUAAUUUGCUUGAAAUUAACAAAUGCAUACAUCUUUAUAUUGAUACAAAAAAAAUGGUAUAGCGUUGACUAACAAGGUAUAUAUGUACUAAAUAAGUGUAUCAAAUUUUUAUUAUAAAAUAAAAAGACCGU